AUGAGCGAGGAAGAAGAGACGUUGUUAGCCGACGAAGCCUUCUUGGAGCUCUUAAAUACAGCUGCCAACCCUUCAUCGAACGAUGCUUUGUCGAGCGAUGAGCUAGCGUCAGCUUUAGGUAUCAAUGGACCUCUGGACAGAAAAGGAGCUUUGGAUCUCCUGGAAAGAGAACUGCUUGCUCCAGUGAGCAAUCUUGGAGGAGACGAACUAUGGCGGUGGCAAGUACAACCUCAUGUAGAUCUUCCCAUACCUCCUUUAACAUUGGAACCUUUACAUCAGACUCACACUGUCACACCUGCAUUCAAAGGUAUAGAUGGUGAAUUCACGCAUUGGAGAGAAGGAUUAGCCCCUAAACCACCCGCUCAUCCUACACUCUCGUCAUCGACUACCAGAGCACCAGGAUCGUCACAAAACUUUGUCAGGGGGAAAGGAACGUAUGCACCUUUCCAACCUGGAGGUUUGGAAGAAGCUGCUAAGCCAGAAGAAACGGAAGAUGAACAUCAAGAAGAAGAAGAAGAAGGUUGGAAAACUAAAGCUCCGGGAAUGAGGAGAGGUUUGAAGUUGGAAGGAGCCGAUGAAUUCCUCGCCGAAAUGCUGGGUCAACAGUCAAUAGCAGCAAAAGCUAAGCGAAGACGACGAGAAGGGGAAUUUGAACCUCAAUUAACCGUAUCUAGAUUGGGUGACGAAGAAGCUGAGAUUGAAGAAAUAAGUGCGGAUAGCCAGGCUGGACCAAGUAAUAAGAAUGUGGACGACUUGCUACCGAUCGGUCGACUUCCUGCUCCUCCACCUCCGAGAAGACAGUUCAAAGCCGCUGUGCAUAAAGAAUGGGCUCAUGUGGUAGACGUCAAUCAGAAACUCGUCAACUUCGAUGAGCUGGUACCGGAAAUGGCUAGAGAGUAUCCUUUCGAGCUCGACAAUUUUCAAAAAGAAGCUGUAUAUCGACUUGAGAUGGGUGAUAGUGUCUUCGUUGCCGCUCAUACGUCUGCCGGUAAGACUGUAGUAGCGGAAUACGCUAUCGCAUUAGCUGCAAAACAUAUGACCAGAGCGAUAUACACAUCACCUAUUAAAGCUCUUUCCAAUCAAAAAUUUCGAGACUUCAAAACUACCUUUGAUCCUUCGACGGUCGGUAUAUUGACAGGAGAUGUCCAGAUUAAUGCAGAAGGAAGCUGUUUGAUUAUGACUACGGAAAUUUUGCGAAGCAUGUUGUACAAAGGAGCAGAUUUAAUCAGAGAUGUCGAAUUCGUUAUUUUCGACGAGGUCCAUUAUGUCAAUGAUGCUGAGCGAGGAGUUGUCUGGGAAGAAGUCAUCAUCAUGUUGCCAGAGCAUGUGAACAUCAUUCUGCUCUCAGCUACCGUACCAAAUACAAAGGAAUUCGCAGAUUGGGUUGGACGCACGAAGAAGAAGGACAUAUACGUAAUUUCGACACCUAUGCGGCCAGUACCUCUUGAACACUUCUUAUGGGCAGGACGAGACAUACACAAGAUUGUUGACUCAAAAUCACAUUUCUUGGGUGAUGGUUACAAGGCGGCUCAAGAAGCUACGCGUCGAAAACAAGAUAAAGAGCGUGAAGCAGCUGGCCUACCACCUGUUCAAAGGACAGGAGGAAGAGGGGGCGCUCCUAUCAAAGCCAAAGAUCUACCAACGGGGAAAAACGCUCCUUUCACUAAACCAGGAGCUGGACGUGGUCACUCAAACAGAGCAGGUGGGAAUGGAGCACCUGCGCCAGCUGCUGCUGGAAGAGGAGGAGCAGGCGGGAGAGGAGGAAGAGGGGGAGGUUUCGGUGGUAGGCCAAGUCAUCAACUGGAUCAGAACGUCUGGACUCACCUCAUCAACUAUCUGAAGAAGAACAAUCUGCUCCCUGUAGUCAGUUUUGUCUUCAGUAAGAAGCGAUGUGAAGAAUAUGCUCAAACACUCAGUAUGGAUUUAAAUUCAGCAAAGGAAAAAAGUGAGGUCCACACAACCUGGGAAAGAGCUUUGACUAGAUUGAAAGGAUCCGAUAAAACGUUACCACAGAUAUUGCGAAUGAGAGAUCUACUGAGUAGAGGUAUUGGUGUCCAUCAUGGUGGUCUGCUACCAUUAGUGAAAGAGGUCGUGGAAUUGCUGUUCUCUCGGGGAUUAGUCAAGGUACUCUUCGCUACCGAGACCUUUGCCAUGGGUGUCAACAUGCCUGCUAAAUGUGUUGUCUUCUCUGGUAUUCGGAAACAUGAUGGUCAAUCUUUCCGAAAUCUUCUUCCGGGAGAAUACACCCAAAUGGCUGGAAGAGCUGGACGAAGAGGUUUAGAUACGACCGGUACUGUCAUCCUCUUGAGUGGAGACGAACUGCCUUCUGUGACGGAAUUGAACGAAAUGAUGCUUGGUACACCCAAUCGAUUGUCCUCACAGUUCAGAUUGACAUACAAUAUGAUUUUGAACUUGUUGCGAGUAGAAGCGCUCAGAGUAGAAGAGAUGAUCAAGAGAAGUUUCUCGGAAAAUGCAACCCAAAAGAUGGCACCUGAGCAACAACGUCAAAUUGCGCAUGCCGAGAAGGAAUUAGCUCGAUUACCAAGCGUUAACUGUGAUAUCUGCAAAACCGACAUUGACGCAUUCUAUCAACUGUCUUCGGAAGUGGUUCGAGUAAACCAGUCAUUGUUCAAGCAAGCUUCUUAUGCUCAAAACGCAACUAAAAUAUUCGUACCUGGACGGGUGGUAAUAUUGCGAAAUGGACACCUUCCUGGAAAUCUAGCUGUUCUUCUUCGAAGCGCUACAAGUCUUACUAUCGAUGGCGUCAAGUCCGAUGCUAAGGCUUGGAGGAUGUUGGUACUUGUAACACCAGGUCAAAGAUCAAAGAAAGAAGAUGUGAAGGAAUCCGAUGUACCACCUCGAUGGCCACCCGUCUUACCGAAAGGCUCGUUCCCUAAUCCUCAAUGGGAAAUUGGAAUAUACGAUACCACAAGUUUCUCUUUUGUCACUAAAGAGCUUCUGAAGGUUGAUCACUCCGGUAUAGUGGACAAGAGCAGUAAAGAGCCAAGAGAUAAAGCUCUGCAUGAUCUCACAAUUCUGCACGAAGAUUUGUCGACACUUCCAGAAUUGCCUGAAGUGGAUUGGUCCAGAAUCAGAACGGUCGAGUUCCAGGAGGCGAUAAGACAGCGGGCUAUCUUGCAUGACAGGCUAGUGAAGCUAGGUUGUCAAUUGUGUGAAGAUUUCCAAGAGCACUACGCAAUACUGCAUGAGCGGAAAGUAGUCGAGUCUGGAUUGACUUCACUCAAACUUGCUUUAUCGGAUCAAAAUCUUGAAUUACUACCAGAUUACGAAUCAAGAGUUGAAGUCUUGAAAAAAUUGUCAUUCAUCGAUGAUAACUCUACUGUCCUUCUGAAAGGGAGAGUAGCUUGUGAAAUCAAUUCUGCACCUGAAUUGAUAUUGACUGAAUUGAUAUUGGAAAACAUUUUGGCGGAUUAUACACCUGAAGAAGUUGUUGCAUUGCUAUCAAUAUUUGUCUUUGUUGAAAAAACAGAUAGUCAACCUAUGAUUGAACCGAAGAUACAGCAAGGUUUAGAUGUCAUCUAUAGAAUAGCAGAUCAAGUUGAAAGGGAACAAGAUAAAUGUAGUGUUCAGUACGAUGAAUUUGAACAGAAGUACAAAGUUGGACUGGUAGAAGUUGUCUAUGAAUGGGCAAAAGGAAUGCCGUUCAACCAAAUCACCGAGCUCACAGAUGUACCUGAAGGAACGAUAGUCCGAGUCAUCACAAGAUUAGAUGAGACUUGUAGAGAAGUCAGAGAUGCAGCUCGAGUUAUCGGUGAUGCAGAUCUGUUCCAAAAGAUGGAAGCUGCUCAAGCUCUUAUCAAGAGGGAUAUCGUAUUCGCUGCUAGUUUGUAUCUAUAA